AUGGAGCCUUUUCCUCCUGCUGAUCUGCUGUUCAAGGAGGCCUACUUGGGUCCGCAGGUUCAUAUCAACGAACUGCCUUUAAAUCGUCCAGGUCCCCAGAAUGCAUCGAAUCUACGACGGGCGAAUACAGUAGCCCAGGGUGGCAACAUAAUUAAACGAAAUCUAGAGCUGAAGGCGGCGCGUGAGAAAACGGCAGGCCUUCGCGCCAAGGACAGCCAUGAGAUUUUGCGACACCAGCUGCAGCGGUCCCAAACACAUCGAGGGCCACUAGAGGCGCGUCCACCCGGAAGGAAGGCCGGGCAUUUCACAGUAGGAAGCGUCGGCCAGAAUGGCAAAAUAUUCCUCAGACCGAUUGCCAAUCCGCCGCAAAAAGGCCCACAGCCCGAGCCCUUUGCCCCUGUCGAGACCGCAAACCCCAAUCUCCUUCAGCCACAGCGUCAUGCAACCGUCCGCGAGGACCCGUCCAGGUGGUCGAGCUCGCAGCUCUCAGAGUUACGCCCGCGCGAAGUUCCCCAUCCCGAGUCCGUCCUAUCCGAGUCCCCUGCCCCCGAGCUAUCGAGCCAGCACCGCGCGAGACCGAAUUCCUUCUCGACACUCUCCGAGCAGCAAUCGACCGCUGGUGCUGGGAAGCGGGGUGAGCUGCGGAUCGUGAUUGAUAGAUCGGAGGACCGGCCCAGGUCCGCAGGUGAGAAUUCAGCCCACGCGCUGGAGGUUCCUGUUCCUCGUGCUCGAUUUGGGGAGCCGCGGUUCAAUGCCGAAGGUGGUGCAAUCCUGCAGAGCUCAGUUUACUCGCGAACUCCUAUGUCGGACAACUUUCGAAACUCUACCUUGCUCGGGGGCAUGGCGGACCCCUUGCCCGGUCUGCGACAGAGUCCAUAUGCCCGUGAUUCCUUCUCGCGGCAUCGGCCAUCUUUUGCCGUGUCGAUGUUUUCGGGCACUGCUGCGAUUGAUCUGAGUCGAGCUUCGCCGAUUCCGAGGAACUCGAUGGUGUAUGAGUUGAAAGAGCCAGUUGAACCAUCUAUAUACGAAACACUGGUAUAUGAUAUGGAUGAUGGAUCCGUUGUUCGAUAUAUUCCUGGCACAAAGGAUAUCAGUGCUGCUACGCCUGCUCGAAUUGUUGCGCAAAUAUCCUCUGAAUCGUUUAUGGACUAUGAGUUGGUUUCGGACUUCUUCCUAACCUUCCGUUCAUACCUCUCCGCCUGCCACCUUUUGGCUCUUCUUCUCGCGCGGUUAGAAUGGGCGAUCAAUCGGCUACAAGACGAUGGUCGCAUUAUUCGGAUUCGAACUUUUGCGGCUUUGCGUCAUUGGAUUCUGAAUUACUUUGUUGAUGACUUCGUCACGAACUAUGAUCUCCGGACCCACUUUUGUGAUACCAUCAACGCGCUGUACCAAAACGUCAAGGCUCGCGAACAUGGCGGCACGAGUGAUCGGAAGAUUCUCAUUGAUCUCAAGCGAUGCUGGAAUGGCAAGUGCUCGGUCUAUUGGUCUUCUCCUGACUUAGCUCGUGCCUACAAUGACUCCGACGUUCCUAUUGUACCUGGAAGCGCUCAGAUCAACUUACCCAAUGCCGAUGAGUUGCACCAAAAUGUUCCCCUUCCUGGCAUGACUCCCCAUGCCGAUACUACCUUCCACGAUAGCUCUCCCCACGCCGCGGCGCAUGAUCGAAACGAUUCUGCCGCAACCGCACAAAGCAUUCCCUUCUCCACGAAAAGCGAACAAAGCGUUAUGGCACUGUCAUGCUCAUUCCCCCCCAAAUCACCGCGACGCCAGUCUAUGUUUGCUUCGAAAGGCAAGGCGCCACGCCCUGUUAUAUUGGGUGGCCUCACCAAAAUCAAAACUCAAACCCCGUCUCACGAACCGCCCAUGUCCCCAAUCUCGCCCAUGGUAACACGACACCCAUAUCACACACAUAGCCAUAAAAGAAGCGGAAGCUUCUCUGACUCGGUUCGAGAUGAUCGAUUGCCAAUGCUUGCCACGGAGCCAGACACAGGAGCUGCACUGCAGGAGAUGCUGGAUCCCGUCAGUUUAAUUCGCGGAGAACUGUAUCCCCCCGCGGAAUCAUACAUGGCAAUGAUGGCACCAGACUCGCCUCCUCUCCCUCCGCCAUCAAAAAAUACGAACCCGGAUCGUCGAAGCACGCCAGAUGUACCCAAGCCGACUGCUAACUCCGGCGUGAGGACCAUCAUUGGAUCGAUCAAGCGAGCGUUGCACACCAGAAAUGGUGGCCAGAGCGUCUCAGCUCGCAUUGCGAAUGCGUCCGAGGCUAUUUCUUUGCCGUCCCGGGGGAAGACAUCUGCAAUGCCAACCGGUAUGGCUUUUGGUUCGGAGUACUACCGCGAAAGGAAGAUGGCUGCUGUUCCCAAGCGCCCUGCUCGGAUCGACAUACUCUGUGAUCAGGUCUUGAAACAGUAUCGCCAAGCUAUGAACAAGGAUGAACCGAAAGAUACCCAGGUGCCCCCUGCGUCCGACUUCCAAAUGACGCUGCAGGAGCCUGCGUACAACGCUGCUAAUCUUUCGCCUAUGCAAACCCCCAGGGCUGAGCCGCAGCUUAAGAGUGGAAUUACCAUGGGUAGUGGGUCGAUUGUCAUUGUCGAUGAUACCGGGUUUGAACUACCAUUCACGACAGGAGCAGCACCGGAACCGACGCUCAAUCCCGAUGAUCUAGCUUCAGAGCCUGCGGCGCCGACAGAAUACGAGCCUUCAACCCAAUCCAUACCGGUGGAAGGGGAAUAUCUGCGUCCGAUUUGUUACAAUGCCGACGAACCGGGAGCAGCUAUUUCGAGCGAUCUCCCUCCUGCGCGCCCUUUCACGCCACAGAGAUCAUUCUCCACUAAACGCGGCUCUACGCCGUCGAUAAAGAAGAAUUCUCUUGCUUUACGGCUUCGAAAGUACGCAUCGUUCCAGAGCGGCGUAUCAAGACAACGCUACUCACAGAGCAGUGAGGCAGGAGAAUCGAUUGCUGGAUCAGAAGCAACGCAGGAUCAGAAUGGAAAGCACUUGGGGCCGGCUCUUCGCAGGCGGCGAGGUGGAAACCUGCGUCAAAUGCAGACUGGGGAUGAUCUCGAGGACCACCCGGCCCAUGACUCGUUUGGAUCUUGGAAUGCCUCCAUAGCGGACACUGCCCUUUCUGAGAGUGAUGUUUCUAGGCCUCCUUCCACCUUGAUCCCUCCCAACCCUCGGUUCUCGCUCAUCCAGCCUCGUUCUUCUCGGAAACUUAGACGUUCUUUUGAGUCAGUUAUUGCCAAGUUUGCGCAGAUUCCUGAUGAUGAUGAUGGUGGUGUUGAAUCUACGCUGUUGAAACUGGAGGGCAAGUGGAAUGGGCCUGGUAGUGCGAAUCGGAACUCCACGUUUGCGCAAGCUGAGGCAUCUCGAGAUGCUGGUGCGCAUCGCUCUCACCGAGAACAGGCGCUGGCCCCGCAUGGCCUUGACACUGCGAAGGCUCAAGUUGGUUGGGAUGUUCUCACUCGGAGGAGGCAGACGGACAAGUCUGCGUAUUCUACGGUUGGCGGUCAUCUGGCACCACCGAGGCCAUACUCUGACUCCGUGGCCGAGUCUGAAGAAUCCUAUAAUUCCAUCCCGCUUCUUGAAAGAGGGUUGACUGAUGAAUCCAUGAAACGACCGCCUACAAGCCAACCGGCGCACUACGAUCAGUAUGGUGCUCCGCUCAGUCUCAUUUCCAGCCGGGAUACGUCCGAUAAUGCUUCCUCGCACCCCUCGAUUCAGAUCGUGCACAAAACCGAAAGCAUGCGGCGGAUUCCUUGCGGCUCAACCGUUCCUGCGUCAGGAUUACUGGGUGACGGUCAGGUUACUCCAAAGCGCUUGUCGGCUCUUUCCUCUGAAAUGUCAGUCGAUAUCAUUGAUCCGAAUGAAGCUAUGGGUGCACGACAGUCCACCGAUACUCGCAGUCUGAGUUCAUCAACUGUCGAGAUUCCACCUCACCCCCUGGCGCACCCUCCCUCCCCGCCUAUGACUAUUCAACAUCCGGGCUCGUUCACGUCCUGCGCCUCGCCAAUGGAUAAAGUCCUGUUCCAAACUCAUCCUCUUACGCCUGAGACAUCCCCCAGGCACAAAGAUAUGACAGGCAUUGCUCAACGCCCGAUCAAUGUACAGCAGAUCUCAAGCAAUGUUUUGUUCAAUUCAGAAAACCACCAUCCCGCCCAGAACCCCAUCACCAUCCUCGCGCCGCCCGACCACGUCCCCUUUGUUCUCGCCUGCGAAUCCCAAGUCCUCGCCCACCAAUUAACCGUAAUAGAAAUGGCCGCGCUAAGCGAGAUCGACUGGCGAGACCUAGUCGAGAUGAAAUGGAGCAACGGCUCCCCACUAAUCCUAAACUGGGUCCAGUUCCUGACGACCGAAAAACGCAAAGGCAUUGACCUAGUCGUCGGCCGUUUCAACCUAAUGGUAAAAUGGAUCUUAUCCGAGAUCGUGCUGACCCGCGACGUCAACGAGCGAGCCCGCACGAUCGUCAAAUACAUCCAUACCGCCGCGCAUGCACGUCGCAUCUGCAAUUACGCCACCAUGCUCCAGAUCGCCAUCGCCCUGUCCUCAUCUGACUGCACACGCCUGCAGAAGACGUGGCAGCUUAUCCCCUUGGAGGAUAAGCGGUUGUUCAAGGAUAUGGAGUGUCUCAUCCAGCCGGUGCGCAACUUUAAUGAUUUGCGCGUCGAGAUGGAGACAGCCAAUUUGCAGGAAGGAUGCAUUCCUUUUAUCGGUCUAUAUGUGCACGACCUUACCUAUAACGCUCAGAAACCCGCCCAGAUCAGCAGUAGUGACGGUGGUCUACUGGUCAACUUCGAGCGGUAUCGCACUGCUGCUCGCAUCGUUAAAAGCUUGCUUCGUCUCAUUGACGCCAGCACGAAAUACCGCUUCCAGCCCGUGCAGGGUAUCAUCGAGCGAUGCUUGUGGAUUGGAUCUCUCCCCGAGGAGGAGAUCCAAGCUCGCAGCAAGGCACUUGAAUAA